AUGUUUCAACGGAAGAAGUACAACCGUCGGCAGAGAACUGGACGCAAGCGGAUAAUACGUGCUAGGAAAUCGUACAACAACAGAAAGCAACUUCCACCGACAGCACAGCCACUUUCUAAACUUGGUACCAAUGACAUUUCAUAUGUUGACCGAUCAUUUACAACCACUUAUUCGUGGACAACCGUGAAACCGGUAGCUGUAGCAGCUGCCAUACCAGCAAGUUCAAACAAGAUACCCUCUCUUCGUCAAAUAUGUUCAGUCGAAUUAGCCAACAACGCGAGCAUGCUCACACAAGCACAUCUCCAAACCGCUCCUUGGUCAGUUUGGAAACGCGUCUGGCAUGAAAUACUCCAAACAGGUAAUGAUUCAAUUGUGGUAUACCAAGAGUUCUCCCUGGUGUUUGGCAAGGAACUUGAUUUUAAGUGUCACGAGAAUAACACCAGUGAUACAGUAAAGGACACCAUGAUUGAUAUGUAUAGGAUUCCUAACGCCAGGAAACAUCGAAUUGAAACUGUGUUUGCUAAUGUAUACUUGACUGAUAUUGUUACGUUUAUUGCUUCAUUCAAGUAUGUUCCGUAUGUGAUGCUAGAUUUAUCAAUGACAAAAUUGAACAAUGAUGUUUUGUUUCUGGUGUUUCAUAUUCAGAAGUUAAUGUGCAUUGAUUUAUCAAACCUGAACAUCGAUGACAAUUAUCUAAUACAACUAGGAAAUGCUGUUAGUCAGGGAAAACUUGCAAACUUGACUAUUCUAAAGGUGAAUAGAUGUAUGAAUGUAACUGUAUCAGGUAUAAAGUCGCUCUUCGAGAAGACAGAAGGCUCACUUGCAUGCAUAGAAACCGAUAUUAGCUUACCAAUAACAAGAUAUAUUGAACCAAAUCACGGCUAUGUAUCUAAUAUGAAAUGGAUAAAGCUAGACACAGAUACCAUGCCAGCGUCGUUGAUUUUGAAACUACCACUUGCAUUAAAACUACAUACUUUGCUUCGAUUCUAUGGUGAUAUAAUAGUAGCCAAGCCCGCAGGAGUAUCAAUCACAAAGGACUUACUACGAGAGUUGCGACUAUCCCACGUGUUUGACUUGUUGGUUAUGGGUUCAGAGUCACUGGAUGAUGUUUCCAGAAUGUGGGAAGAGAGGAUCAGAGCUAGGAAUAGGAUAAGAAUUAUCAAGAGCUACCAUCACACUUCCCACAACCAAAACGAAAAACAGUCAAACUAGAAGAGGAAACAGCCAAGCUGAAACAGAAUAAUCGCAUACGUAAACGUACAAUUAAAGCGGAUGCAAAAUCGUUUUUUUGUAUAUAAAGUUAUAUAAUCAUCUUUUAAGUAAAUCCUUAAGAAAAUCAGCAGAUCGUUUAUGAGCGUCGGAUUUAAUCUGAGUAGUACUUAAUGAAAUUGGUGCUGGGUUAGGAUGUUCCUGUUUACCACCUUUUAAUAACGCCAAUAAUCCUUGUCCCUCAGCAUUCGUGCCGGCUGACAGGUCUGGUUUUGCUCCAUUCAAUGAGAACCCCGCAGGUGCAGGAUCCUCACGUUUUAAUAUUCUAAUCUUGGUAGGCGCUUUAGGCGAGGGGAAGAAUCCAUGAGAUUCAGUAGUGAUUGGAUCAAUCAAGUGAUCAACAUCUUCUUCAUCACUGGCAAUAUCAAAAUUACGGAACCCUCCUGGCUGGUGAUGAUCGGGAUCAAAGUCAUAGCCAUCUUCAAAAUCUUCAAAAUCUUCGAAAUUGGAAGUUCUGGUAGCUUGUUUUGUAAGUUGGGCCAAUUCGGCUUGAUUAGAAAAAUCAAGGGUUUGCUCGAGUGUAGGGGAGAUUGGCGAUUUGUUCUUAUUGAGGAUUCCAAGAAGUUCUGCUCCUGGUGAGGUCACCGACUUUCGAGGCUGAGCUUGAUUACUUAAAUCAAGGGAUUGUGGCUCAGUUGGAGAUUUCUUAUUAAGAAGACCAAGAAGCUCAGCUCCAGCUGAUGGUUUAAUAACUUGGUUACUUGGGGGAUGUUCAGGUGUCUUUGAUUUGUUGAGGAGGCCAAGAAGUUCAGCUCCCGCUGAUGGUUUAACGUGGCCGGCUGGGGCUUGUUCAGGCGACUUUGAUUUGUUGAGAAUCGAAAGAAGUUCUUUUCCAGGUGAAGUUACAGGUUCAGGAGGUUGGGUUUCAUUCUUGGGUUUGCCGCCUAACAUACUCAUCAACUCCAUCGAUUUCUUAUUCUUGGAAUGGGUUCCAUCACGUUUCAACAAGGUUAUCUUUCCUGGUUGAGUAGGCUUCUUUUGAAGUGAUUCUUCAAUUUCGUUUGAAGGUUUGGGUUGGAUAUUCAAGAAUGAUUUAGGUUCCUUGUGGAGAACAUCAAGUAAUGCCUGUUUAACAUUUUCAUUUUCUGUUGGAUUACUUUUUGGUUCAUCUUCAGGUUUGAUUUGUACUUUAUCAGCUUUCUUUGUUAAUAAAGACAACAAUUCCUUGGAAUUGGCACUGCCUGAUUUAAUUGUUGGCUUAACUAAUGUCUGUGGAUUUGGAGUUAAGUAAUUUCUUUCUUGUGUUGGUGGUGGUAAUUGAUGAGGAGGAACUGGAGUCAUUCCCAUAGGAUAUGGCAGAGGGAGUGGAAUGCUAUUGUAGAUGGGGAAUGGUGGUGGGAUAGGUGGCCCAAACAUAGGAACUUGUUGAUGUAUAGGCACGGGAACAACUGGUUGUGGAGUGCUAACAUUAUUAGUGGAUAUUGAGUUGGCAGCGGUGGCAGUAGUCGAGGAUGCCUUCACCAUAUCCAUUAAUUUCCUGCCGGCAUCUAUAUCCUUAUCCAAUCCUAACAAACGUUUCAAUUUGAUUUCUGCUUUCAUCAUAAGUUCUUCUUCAGUGACAUCGGUCUUGUUCUUGUUGAUCCAUCGUAACAUUGGUUUGAAUACCGUACCCACAAUGAAAUAAUUGUUUGGAUUCUUAUUGCAAUUCUUUUGCAAUGAUUUGAUGUCAUGCCAUUGAAUCUUACUAAUUUCAAAUCGAGUAGCCGGCAGGAAAUUCGUCAGUUCAUCGACAUUCUUGACGAGGUAAAUCUUAUAGUUUUUUCCUCUGAUUGUACGUUCUAUAAAGUCAUUUUCGUUGAUCAAAUCACGGCAAUUGAAUCCAGUUUCCUCUUCAACUUCACGAAUGGCACAUUCUAUAUCAGAUUCACCCUUGGAGAUCUUUCCUCUAGGGAAAGACCAUGCGUUGGAUUCGGUUCCCUUCACCAACACAACCUUUGUCAAAUCGUGGUUUAACAAUGCUAC